AUGGAGAGUAAUGGUGUGGAAAUGAAGCCUGUGGAAGUAUUGGACUUUGGCAGCAAGCAGGAGCUGAAGGAGGAGAGGCCAGCACCGCUGGGUAGCAGUAACACAAGCGAUGAGCUCAUUUCCAUGGUGCUUCCAACACUCACACGUCCCAAUAAGCGCAGACAUAUCAGGACAGAUUUUGAAGAUAUAACUGUAUCGUCGGAUGCAGCUGAAGCGCAAAGACGUGAACGGGAGCGAUUGCGGCGCUUAUCCAAACUACGUGGCUCGGAGGCCGUUAUGAGCGGUGGUGACGUAGAAGUGGCAGACUGCAAGCAAGAAAUACUGACUUCCAGUGAUCACCCUGAACCUGCAGCCAAAUGUUCGAAGUUACCGCUACUAGCCGGUGUGAAGCCGUCGACAUCUUAUGUGGACACGGAUGUUAUCGAGCUGAGCAGUGAUGAGGAUUCGGAUGCGGAUGCACGAUCGAUUGAUUUGAUUCAGCCCGUGCCAUUUUGUUUGCAGUCGCUAUCGCGCAAG